AUGUCUGAAGUGAAUAACAAAGUGGAUUUCAUCCAAUUGCUUGGACCUGACAUGUCAAUCAAGAUUCUGACCCAUUUGGAUGACCCUUGUGACCUUAUUCGGGUUUCUGCUGUUUCCAGUUCUUGGCACCGAUUUGUUAUUGAACAUGGCCUCUGCAAGCAACUUUGCCUGGAAAUGUUUCCUGAAAUAUCUGGUGUUGCUCAUAUCAUUGAGGUUUACAACAUUAUUGAACCACUAGGCAACACUCUGGGCAGAAGUUAUGUAAAUUGGGAGUAUCUUAAGAGAAAUCAUAAAGUGUAUGCAUUCUUGGCCUCUGGUCUUACACCUAUGAGAGAAAAUUGCAUCUCUAAAGCUGUUAGUGCAUCCAGUACUGAUAACUACCCCGAAGAAAGUAUUCUACAUACAUUGGAGCCUGGUGAUAGAACUGGAUAUAGAGCAUCAUACUGGUCAAGCAAAGGGGAAAGCGAUCCUUCUGUUCCUGAGACUUUAGUUUAUAAGCUUGUUUCUGAAAUGUGUCUUGUUACGGAGAUUCAUGUCCAACCGUUCCAAGCAUAUUUUCAGCAUGGCUUCCCUAUAUAUUCUGCUAAGGCUGUCCGAUUCAGAAUGGGCCAUCCAAGAUACAGAAUGGAAUCAGAGAGUGCCGUGGAUAAUCUGACUGUUAAUCAAGUCUUGGGCGAUAAUCAAUUUAUAUGGACGUAUACUUCACCUGAAUUUCCAAUGUGUCAGGAAAACCGAGCGCAAAAAUUCAAGCUACCUGAACCUGUUAUGUGCAUUGGAGGCAUACUGCUAGUUGAGCUGUUGGGUAGAGUUCAAAAACAAGAAAUGGAUGAAUUAUUCUACAUAUGCAUCUCCCAUGUUCAAGUCAUGGGGCGGCCGCUAUCACCGGCGUUUGAUGUUAAAGUGCAUCAUUCAUCGGGGAAGUGUACCUUGAAAUACCAUCCUACUCAAACAGAUUGUUGCAUGACUUCUUCAACAUCUUCACCAGAAUCAAGCAGUCCUUCGCGCCUGCGCAUAAUAACCUCAAGCAUAAUGCAGAGGGGUGUGAGACGAUGGGAGCAAAUUAUCUUGGGUGCACUGCUUGGUUCUGGUUCUGUUGUAGUUGAUGAUUGA